UGGAAAAUGGUGCUGUACGUUGUAAAUAAAGUGCUAAACCAUACCUCAUCUUUCGUAGAAAACAUGUUUCGAGAAGCGGCAAACACGAAUCGAUCGUUAAAAAGUUGCACGUUGUCAGCUUUAAGGUCCAGAUUGCCGCAGCUUACCAUCAGGCCCAACAAAGUUGUGAUACAGGCAGCUUCGAUUACUCCAACCAGCAAAACAUCACCCAGAAUCAAUGUUACUGCAGCACCGACUAAAGCAACAACCAGUGCAAUACCUUCACGAUUGUUAACACCAAACAGUUUUAACGCAGCUCCAGCCAAAGCAACAACCAGUGCAAUACCUUCACGAUUGUUACCACCAAACAGUUUUAAAGCAGCUCCAGCCAAAGCAACAACCAGUGCAAUACCUUCACGAUUGUUACCACCAAACAGUUUUAAAGCAGCUCCAGCCAAAGCAACAACCAGUGCAAUACCUUCACGAUUGUUAACACCAAACAGUUUUAACGCAGCUCCAGCCAAAGCAACAACCAGUGCAAUACCUUCACGAUUGUUACCACCAAACAGUUUUAAAGCAGCUCCAGCCAAAGCAACAACCAGUGCAAUACCUUCACGAUUGUUACCACCAAACAGUUUUAAAGCAGCUCCAGCCAAAGCAACAACCGCACAGUACAAUCCUAUGCUCCUCAAUACAUGUAAAAUAUAUCGACCAACACCCACCGUUAAAAAGCCGGCACCAUCCAUCAUCGAUGCAACUUCUGAGAAAGAAAAACGAAAUGUGUUAAAUUUGAAAACGGGAAAAUUGUACCGACCAAAACUUCUUAUAAAUACAUCUCCUGAGACAGUGUCUGUAGCAUCACGCAGUACACAAACAUCUAUGCUGGAUGCCGCGCAGACAAAUCCAGCUACAAGCUCAGCAUUUGAAAGUCAAACCAGCGAGCAACUAACUGUACUGAAUAAGUCUGUUGCACUGAUCUGGGCUGAGCUGAAUUAUUUGACUGAUCACCGUAACAAAACAACUUAUGGAGCAGGUACGAUGCAGGGGCCGGGGCAUCCAAUAACAACAUCGAUUAUGACACUACCGUUCCUUACAUCGGAAGCAGAGCUAACUGCUUUCAACGAAAACUUAGGUAAUGAUGACUUUUUUGAAAGCGUCCUUCUUCUUAUUAAUGAUAAAGUAUCGGGAAAGCCGUAUGCUAAAAAUCGCAUGCAUGACACAUUCAUGAUGCUGUUCGAUAGAACAUUUUUAGCGACAUGCAGUUGGCGUGGUGGCGGUAAAAACGGCCCUAAAACAAGACUGGACGAUAAAGCCAAUAUUUGGCGAUUAUUAAAAACUGUAGGAGAACAGUUUGAAAUAGUUACAAUUGAAGACGUAGAACGUUUGGCAAAAACUAAAAUUAGCAAUGCGUCAAGCUUAAAAAAAUAUAAAGGUUUGGUUAAAAGCUCCACCAAGUGCUCGCACAAACGAGACAAAAAUAAUAAUAAAUAAAAUUAUUA